GUCCAGCAUCCCUGGGCUCCACGUGGGGGCCGCCGGCGGCUGCGCGGACGCUGCCGCGGGGGCGCUGGAGGAUGUCCGGAUAAAGAUCGUGGACGGCUUCGGCAAGCUGCAGGAGGACCGGGACCUCGUCGCCACCGACGUCCUGCGCGAGGGGGACGAGGUGCGGAAGCUCCACGUGAUCCGCCUGCCCGCCCGAGGCGACGACCGCCCCGCGAGGUUCACACCCAGGAGGCCCAAUGCGCGAGGCGAGGAGAUGGCUGGCCACCUGGACGACGCGUCGUGGGCAGUGCAGGCUUUCUCCACGACGGAUCGCCUCGACUCCGGCAGCGGCAUCCCCUACUACCAGGCGCUGAAGGCGGGCCCCAGGCAGAGCGUGCACUGGGACGGUACAGAGCCAGGGGCGUGCGCAGUGAUCCUGACGUGCGGUGGCCUCUGCCCGGGGGAGAACGUGGUCAUUCGCGGCAUCGUGCACGCGCUGCACGAAUACGGCGUGCAGAGCAUCUACGGCAUCAGGAACGGCUUCUCGGGCAUCGUGAGCCCCGGGUGCUGGACCAAGCUGAGCCUGGAGCUGGUGCAGGACAUCCACACCAAGGGCGGCACUGUGCUCGCGAGCGAGCGCAGCUUUCCAGCACCCGAGGAGAUGGCGAAGGCGCUCAAGGCCCGGAAGGUGCAGCAGCUCUUCAUGCUGGGCGGGGACGGCGCGCACAAGGGCCUGCUGCGCUUGAUCGAGCCCCUGCUGAAGGACGGGUACCAGUGUUCCUGCGUCGGGGUGCCCAGCACGGUCAACAACGACAUUCCGAUGGUGCCGUCGGGAGACGUGGUAGCCCCAGAUGGCUGGCAGUCGCGUGGUCCUUUCCCCCUGGGGUCUGAGGAGGCUGCCUGGCUGCGUCCGGAGGUGGAGAAGACCUUCGGCUUCGACUCGGCCGUCACGGAGGCGCGGGACUCCAUCGACGCCGCCUACGUGGAGGCCACCUGCAACGCGAACUGCAUCGGGCUGGUGAAGCUGCUGGGCCGUGACAGCGGGCUCCUCCGGGGGUUCCUCGCGCUGACCGCCACCCUCGCCUCGCGCCACGUGGACAUCUGCCUCCUGCCGGAGAUGGAGUCCUCUGUGGAGAAGGUCUGCGACCACUGCGAGCGCCUCAUGAGCACCAAGGGGUACGCCGUCAUCGUGGUUGCCGACGGCUGGGGCAGGUCCUCGCUCCUGCACGGG